AUGUCGUUACGGAGAGACUGUGGAUCCAGACUUGGGAUGAUUGCAAUUCUGUUUCUGCUUUGGAAGGGUAUCGGCUGUGCAUCCGAUGCAGAUUACAAACUCAGCGUGCCAGAACAUGUCACUGUACAGGAGGGGCUGUGUGUCACUGUCCCAUGUAUCUUCACCAUUGAUAGGACAAAGACACUUUCACCAGGUGCCACAGGAUUCUGGAGUAAAUGUACAGACAGUAAUACACAGUACUGUCAUGAUAAUUCAGAAAAAGCCUUCCACACCACAGGAAACGUCAAUGAUGGAGAUUGCUCUCUGACAAUAAUUAAUGCAACAAAACAAUAUGCCGGGAAAUAUCAGUUCAGGUUUGAAGAUCCUACAGACACAGCAUUAAAGUGGAGCUUUACCCAAAGAUACCUACAUGUUAAUAUCACAGAUCUCACAGAAAAGCCAGAGAUUAUUAUUACUCCCCAAGAGAACCUGGUUGCAGGAAAGAUUGUGACCGUGACAUGUAAACCUCCUGGGACUGAGAAAUGCCCUGGGACAGCUCCAGAAAUCACAUGGGGGAAACUUGAAAAGAACAAUAAGGCUGUAUCUGAUCGAGAUAUUAUAUGUGGGGGAAAGAAUAUGACAAUAUCUCAGUGUAAAGAGUCAGCAAUCACCUUUACCCUGUCUCAGGAUGAUCACAGAACAUCUAUAACCUGCACAGUGACUUUUCCAUCUGUGAAAAAAACUCCCCAGAGUUUAGUUACCCUAAAUGUUCAGUAUCCUCCAUCCAUUUCUGUUGCAGUUGAAAAUCAAGGAAAAUCCGCUACUAAUGAGUCUGUAAGUGUGGACAAUGGAGACUCUGUGCUCCUUCGAUAUUCAGUAGACAGUAACCCACCUGCUAAUGUCACAUUGAUGAGAGGGGAGGAGAGGUUAGUUAGCACUGUAAAUGGACAAGAGCUGAUCCUGCACCUUCUGAACAUAAAGCUCAGAGAUGUCGGUACCUACACCAUCUCAGCAUCAAACCAGCACGGGAGAAACAACAAGUCUGUGAUUGUACAUGUUAUAAAUGCUACUAGGAUACUUGACCAAAACUGUCAGAAAGGUUCUAAUGACACAACAUUCACAAACCAAAUCCGUGAUAUAAUGAUCGGGAAAAGGGAAAAUCAGAAAUCAAAUACUGUGUCAUUAUCUGGAAAUGAUAAUAUCAAUGAGCUUGAUAACAUGUACAUGAAUGUGCAUCUAGAAUCAAUGGUGGAUCCAAACUCAUCUAAUGAAAGCAGAAUUAGAGGAAUGGAUCGACAAUCUGCAGUUUAUUCUUUACUUAGUUUCUCCAAUACACCCUCAAACCCUGAACAAAGUUAUGUAGAUCAUGUAGAUACUGUAUACUCAGUGGUCUACAAGGAACAAAGGUCAUGA